CCCGCGGGCGUGUGGGGACACGUUUCUGCCCCAACGGAGCUUUCCCCAGGCUUGAGCUUCGUGUGGUCCAGCCUGGGCGGGGGGCUGGGUCCUCGGACUUCCUUCUCCAGCCACCUCUUGCCCCGAGCCUGAGAGUCUGCUGGGACAGGAUCCCCUUUGUCCUGGGUGUCUGGAAACGGCUCUGCUUGUGAAAAUAAAUAGCCCCAAACCAGGUGGCCGUAGGCUUCUGCCCCGCCCAGUUGUCACAGCGGAAAUGUCUGAAAAGGAGAACAACUUCCCACCGCUGCCCGGGUUUAUCCCCCUGAAGCCCUGUUUCUACCAGAACUUCUCGGACGAGAUCCCCAUCGAGCACCAGCUCCUGGUGAAGAGGAUCUACCGGCUGUGGCUGUUCUACUGUGCCACGCUGGCCGUGAACCUCGUCGCCUGCCUGGCCUGGUGGAUCGCAGGCGGCUCUGGAGCCAACUUCGGCCUGGCCUUGCUGUGGCUGCUGCUCUUCUCUCCCUGCGGCUACGUGUGCUGGUUCCGGCCGGCCUACAAGGCCUUCCGUGCCGACAGCUCCUUCAACUUCAUGGCCUUCUUCUUCGUCUUCGGAGCCCAGUUUGUCCUGACCGUCCUCCAGGCCAUCGGCUUUGCGGGAUGGGGCGCAUGUGGUUGGCUGGCGGCAGUCGGGUUCUUCCAGACCAGUGUCGGGGCUGCUGUGGUCAUGCUGCUCCCAGCCGUCAUGUUCUCCAUGUCAGCUGCCAUGAUGGCCAUUGCGAUCAUAAAGGUGCACAGGAUCUACCGGGGGGCUGGCGGAAGCUUCCAGAAGGCGCAGACUGAGUGGAACACAGGCGUGUGGCGGAACCCACCGUCUCGGGAGGCUCAGUACAACAACUUCUCGGGGAACAGCCUGCCUGAGUAUCCCACUGUGCCCAGCUACCCGGCGGCCGGCAGCCAGUGGCCUUAG